AUGGUCCCUUUUCAAACGGUAGAGAGACGCGGCUUUAAAGCCAUGAUCAGAGCUAUUGAUCCACGAUAUGAGGUGCCAAGCCGCAAAUACUUCACAGAAACCGAGAUGCCAAAAUUGUAUGCCGAGGUCCGCGAAAAUGUUGAAAAAGAGCUGUGCGACUUGAAAUACUUUGCUACUACAACGGACCUGUGGUCGAGCCGUACCAUGGAGCCUUUCCUCAGUCUGACCAUUCACUAUAUAACGGAUGAUUGGAAUCUUGGCAGCCGGUGUUUGCAGACGUCGUACUUCCCCGCUGAACAUACGGCCGAGGAGAUCGCACAAGCACUCAAGGAAACGCUCGAGUCAUGGGGUUUAAAAGAAGAACGCCAAGUUUGCAUUACUACUGAUAACGGAACGAACGUGGUCAAGGCAGCGUCUCUGAAUGAUUGGACCAGGCUGCAAUGUUUUGGACACAGGCUGCACCUCGCCAUCGAAAAAAGUGUUAAAGACCCCCGAAUUGACCGUGCUGUUGGCGUAUGCAAGAAAAUUGUGAGUGCCUUUUCAUACUCUUGGAAAAGAAGAAAGGAGUUGAAGAAAGCCCAGGCAGAGCACCAUCUUCCCUUUCAUCGGCUCAUCACAGAAACGCCAACAAGGUGGGGGUCACGCCAGAUGAUGAUCCAGAGGGUGCUUGAACAAGAGAAGGCCCUAUCACAGGUACUGAAAGCAGACAGGAAAACCAAACACCUGGUACCCACUUGGCAAGAUACAGAUGUCUUGGAAUCUAUAAGCAGGACCCUCGGCCCACUGCUGGAAUUCACAGACGCGCUGUCUGGAGAAGAUUAUGUCAGUGUGUCAUACAUCAAACCCGUUCUCCAUCUUUUCAACAACACUGUUCUUGCUGCAGCUGAUGAUGACACAGAGCUGACCAAGGACAUGAAAAGAGUCAUCCUAGAGUACUUAAACGAGAAGUACUCAGACCCAAAAACGGUUGACCUGCUGGAUAUGGCCUCCUUGGUCGACCCACGGUUUAAAGAUGCAUAUAUAGCUGAUGACCACCAGGAGUUCAUCAAGACCAGAGCGGUAGCAGAAAUUCUGUCACUGUUGGAGGUGCAAGCUGCUACGGUCAGAGAGCCACUGCCACACACAAGCACACAAGCUGCAGCUGUUGGUGCUGAUGGUGCUGAAGCAGCUGUUGAGAGGCAAUCGAAGAAGGUAAAACGGAGCCUGGGAAGCUUUUUCAAAAAGGCCUCCGAUGGCACAGCUGCUCUCGCUGACAGAGAGGCCAUCGAAGUGGAGCUAAAAAGUUACCUGCAGACAAUGCAGGUUGAUGGAGAGACUGACCCACUGGACUGGUGGCGGCUGCACCAAGCUAAUUUUCCAAGGGUGGCUAGACUGGCCCAGAAAUAUCUCUGUAUCCCGGCCACAAAGCUGGACAGUCAGGAUAUCUCUGAUGCCACCAAAUCCUCAAUCACAUAUCCGUUGUUCUGUCCUGUAACUUACCAGGUAUGGGAUGCUGACUACUUUCUAUUAAAAGAGGCUGGACAGGACAUCAUGCGAAAUUCCAGCAUGCAGAGCCACACACAGCCAUUUGUCGUGCUCAGAGCGGGACGUCUCCCUGUUAUCAAUGCCAGGUAUGGCCCACUCUCUACCAAACAGAAGAUCCCCUUAGACUUAGUGCAGUCUGUGCAGUUAUUCCGGCCCUCACCACCAGUUUUCACCCUCAAUUGGAAAGUCCAGUCCUUUGUCCUGACCCAAUGGAUCUAUUCGUCUUCUCCCAAAGUGCGAGUCCUGUUUUACGUUGCUGGGAGAGACUGGGACAGAGGAGAGAAGGAGAAAGGAAUGAAAGAUGAGCUGCCUUGUGUGACUGUGUAUGCCUUCUGGCAGACUCAGGAGGUCCGGGGCUCCUGUGUCAUCAGAAAUGAGCAUAGGACCUGCAUGGCAGAGGUUGACCCUCCUGCGGGAUGGUUCAGCCCAGUUGAGGGCAGUUCCAGUCGGGAAAGACAAGGGCCGACCCAGGGGAAUCCUGUGGAGCUGUAUUAUCAGGCCAGACCAAGCACGUACGGCCCAUGCACAACCAGCGGGGAGGAGGGCAAGAGGUGGGAUAUGGGUGCUGCAAAUACUGGGCAGCCUAAAGCUGAGUACAUGCCUGUGACCCCCAUGCAGAGGAUCGGGAAUGUUCGACUCCUGCAGGUCAAACAGGGGAACAUGGUGUCUGUUCUCAGACUGAGAGAGGCUGUGGUCAUCCAGACUUCCUCAAAACCACUUAAGAAGACUGAUAUUGCCUCCUUUUAUGUCUAUGUGAGGAGCUCAGCCAACCUGGAUACCUUCUCCCUCAGAGCCAUGGUAAAAAAGGGAGUGUGUUUCCGUACAGCCACACCUAGCAACACACUACUAUGGGACAUCACCCUUGACACAGGCCCAGAUGGAAGUGUUGGAGUAAUCUGUCAGAGAAAGUCAUCUAUAAACGUGAAAAGAUUAAACAAACUUCAAGCAGUUCUUCAGAUGGAUUUUGAAGUGGAGGAUGUUAGCAGUCAAUCAGAGAUUCAGGUGAUUAAGUGGGAGUUGACGCUUCCAGACGAAGUCAAAAUGAUGGGGGCAUCUGAAGGCACCAUGAGGAUCUGCACCACUCAGAGGGACUUUGUGGGCCUGGCUCCUCUAGUUAUGGACACAGAGCUGUUGAACACUGCUGUGCUGACUGGUAAGAGGGUUACAGUGGGAGUACGAACCAUUGCUGUGGAACAGGAUGGUUCUGUAACAGAUGUCUCUGAGUUUGCUGGCUGCAGCUCCACAGAUGAAGAUGUUCUUAAGGUGUCCGAUAGAUGUGACUUUGUUUAUGUGAAUGGAAAAGAAACCCAGGGGCGACUGCGGAUGCUGGUGAACUUCACCUACAGUUACCUGAGCACUCAGCUGGAGAUGAAGGUAUGGUUCCCUCAUCUGCCGCUGGAAAUAGAGGUGUCUGAUACAGAGCUGAGUCAGAUCAAAAGCUGGAGGAUCCCCAUCCUGUCCAACAAAAGGUCUGACUGGAGCAGUGAGGAAGAGCAUAAGGGCCGGGGUUGUAUGCUGCAGUUCCAGCAUGCUCUGGUCCGAGUCCUCACACACUUUGUGGCAGAGCAGUCAGACCCUCGGGAACCACAGGCAUUCUUCCUGGGCUCUGAUUGGCAGGUUGAUGUGACCAGGCUGGUGCGGUACUUCCUGAAGGUGGAGGACACUAAUAUUGCCCGUCUGCAGGCAGGCAGGGUUCUGUCGGGACAAGAUGUGGGCACCACGUCUAUAAAGCUCAUUUCCCCGCUGUCAGAUUCUAUCCUGGCUGAGAAAACUGUGAGGGUUGUUGAUGAUCGAGUGACCAUCACUGAACUGGGCCUGCAGUUGGUCAGUGGUCUCACACUCAACCUGCAGCUCAGCACAGGAUGUAACCGAGUCAUCAGCGCCACGGCAACCACACAGGAAGUGCUCAGCAAUCCUAAACAGGAAGCAGACUCAGAAAAGAAGCUGCAGCAGCCAGAACAGGUUUCAAGCAGAAAUUCAGAGUCUGAGCUAGAGGAAAGGGCCUUGAUGAAGAUUACCCCCACAGCCAGGUCGACAGCACAAGACUCAACUGUUGGCAGCAUUUCAAAUGAUUUGGGAAUGGGACAGGCUAACGAUGCCUCUGCUGGAAUUAGGUUCAAUGUUAAGCACUGGGAAGGAUUCUGGACGAACUACGAUAACUACCUUCCCCAAGUGGAAAUCCCCAAUCAGGAGCCAAAAAAUGACUAUGGAGAUGCUGAUGAUGAUGACAUUGAGGGACUACUUUCAAACCGUCCACUUACGGACCUGGAGAUCGGGAUGUAUGCAUUACUGGGAGUCUUUUGCUUGGCUAUCAUAGUAGUCAUGGUACACUGUGUGUUAUACUUGGUUAAAUUUAGGCACAAGCAGACACCUGGUCAAGUUUCUGAGCAGACUGGUCACCGGCAUGACUGGGUAUGGCUGGGUACAGAUGCUGAGCUGGUUAUGAAUGUCACUGGAAGCCCAUUAGAGCAGGAUGCUCAUAAUAUGUCUGUGAUCGACAUAGGACCCAAUACGGAGCCUUGUGGCACUCUCACUCGAAGGAACUCUUGCCAGGUGUCUUCUGUAUCAAAUGACUCUAAUGUGUCACAUGUAGGAUCCCCUAAAGCAAAACCAAUCCGAAGUGAAUCCCUACAUUCACCCACUAGUAAGAGGAAAAGGGUCCAGUUCACAACCUUCACAUCCUUGGAUCUGCAAACUCCUCCCAAAACUUUACCACAAGAGAAUGGACAUGGAAUUAACUGGGUGGGAAAGGAAGACAAUUGUAAGACACCUGAGGUGCCAGCUGCUGAGGCUUUGCAACAGCUAUAA